AACUGCGUAUUCGGUAUUUCCGUUUCAUUUUGUUUUGAAUUCGUCAUCCUGGAAGAAGCCGCAGACGACAGGAUUGCUGCUCUCCUAUAGAAAUACGUUUUUGAAGUUUUAGAUGGCACCGGUUCGCAAUGACGAACCUGCAGUUCUUGAAGUCGGCCAAGAAGUUAGCGCAAAAUUUAACGGUGCUUUCUGUGAGGCCAAAAUUCGAGCUGUAAGUCACUUGGAUGUUCGCGUGAAAGUGCGGGAUUCUGCAUCUGGUGAAACGUACACUGUGAAGCAUUCCGAUGUCCGCUCAGAACUCAAAGAUGUCAGAAUACAAAACACUGCCACAGUGAAACCGCCAUCGUCUAACGAAUCUGUUGUCGUUAACGUUCUUCAGGUAUUAGACUACAGCCAGUACGAAGUCGAAUUUAACGACGGAGAUAAGAAGAAUCUGAGAAGAACGUCGUUGCAUCCGAAGAGUGGGAAGCAUUUUGACGAAAGCACAUCCUUGGAUAAUAUGCCAUUAACGCAGCCAGAAAAAGCUUCUGCUGCACAGACUGCUAAAGAAGGCUCCGUGGCCAGCAGUGCCAGGUCGAAACGGCGGAACAGUCCUUCGGGCAGCGAGGCCUCCGACGAAUCGGAAAGCGAAUCCGUUCGUCGAUCCACACGAUCUCGUAGGACGACGGUGGUGGGCUCGAGACCUGUUGGACGACCGAAACGAGAAAAACAGGAAGGCGAACCUGAAUCAUUGCAGACUGAAAAAGACUCGCCAGAAGACUCACCUAAGAAAGGCCGACCGCCUCGGAAGCCGGUUGCAUCUGAUAAACCAUCUUCCUCAGCACAAGUUACCAAUCCACCGCCAGUUGUUCCCGAAGUGCGCACUGAACGGCGACAAUCGAAGCCAACCAUUAAAGAAGAGCCACACUCGUCGCCAUCGCGUUCUCCACCUCGGAAGCGCGUUCCAGUUGUAGAAGCCAAGGUGGAACCAGCAGAAAAGGCGACCGCACAGGUUAAGGAGGCUACGGUAAAGUCCGCAGUAAGCGCCAAGAACAAGGAAGGUGAGCGUGAUGAGAAGGAUGCAUCGACUGCUCGAAGCCAGAGAGAGAAAAGAGGAAGAGAAGAAAGCCGAGAGGCUGUUUCUCCUCCUAAGAAGGUCACCCCAAACAUUCCUGGCAGCAGCAGCGCUGUUGAGCCGCGCAAAACAGAGGCUGUUCCCAAGCAGGAACCGGGCCUAGAUGCGGACUAUCCGCUGAAGUCUAUUGUUUGUGUUCCACAAAACGGACGGAAAAAGUUUAAAUGGCUCCCGGGAUUGGUAGUCCAUCCAGAAUGUCGCAAGAAGGGUGGAAGACUUGAUACAUCGAAGGAACUGCUUGUUCGUCUUUUUAGCAGUGGGAAUUUUGUCAAGGUGCUAAAAAGUCAGGUUAAACCAUUUUCGGAAAGCUUAUAUAGCGAACCAGAGGAAGAUCGGAUCCAGACAUUUAACCCGGAUUACGCUUUAUUGUAUUUUCGGGAUCAGAGCCUUCCUCCCACUUGGCAGCCCACGCUGUUUGUGCCGUUUGACCAACAUGAAGGCACAGACGAAGGUGACGAUGGAGAGGACUCUGGAGGGAGGGAUGACCCCGAUGACGAAUCGGAAGCCAACCGUUUUAUGAUACAGUUCAUUAAAUAUCGCGACGAAAGCGGACAUCCGUACGACGGGGAGCCGACCGUUCUCGGCAAAACUGUGGAUAUGUACAAAUUGUAUCGCGAGGUGCACCACGUUGGUGGCUUUAAUCGCUGUACUCAAGAGAGCAAAUGGCCAGAGAUCUGCGGAGCGUUGAGUAUCUCCAGAGACGGAGCGGACUCGUUAAAAAACAUUUACCAAACGCAUUUCCAUGGAGGAUUCGAGACCUUCUUUCGCACUUUGGCAUCCAGUAUCAGUGAUAUACGGCUAGGGAGAAAAAGACACCAGUAUACGAGUCAAGAAGUGCAUCCCACAGAACCCGUUCGUCCAAAGCCAGCCGAACCAGCGUUACCUAGUAGCCCACAACCUGCACCACAACCGGUGAAGCGUCCACCUCCUGGCAGACCAAGAGGACGUCCUCCGGGUAGUACAAAAACCGAAAAGGCGCCUUCCAAGGAAAAGUCAACGGAACCCAUUCGGGAUGAACCCAAAAUGCCGUCUACUUCCCAGCCGGUUGUUAAAAAUGAAAAACCUGAUGAUGUUAAACCUGCUACGGCAGAUACGCCACAAACGACGACCGCGAAAAGUAAAGUGGCACCCCCGGGCCCGGAAACACUUGAUUUGUCAAAGCUGCGAUCGGGAGCGGUGGUUGAAGUUUUAUACCACAAUAAGAAAACCAAGAAGGUGUUGGCGUACAACGCAAGGAUUUUGGAUAAUGUCGGCGAUAUUGCCUAUUACGUGCAUUAUGCUCAUUGGAAUAAACGGUAUGACGAAUGGAUACCACUUAAAGCUGUUAUCAAAAUUGUCGAUACCUCGGAAAUUGGUUUCAAGCAGUAUGUUUUUAAUCCUUCCAUGCAAGUCAGGAAUAGAAAUAAACUGAAAGGACCGGAAUGGAAUAAAUGGCGACAAGCGUUGGACGCUGCCUUGGGUGAGACCAGCCCCAGUCCCCAGCAGACUAUCAGUACAGAUCAAAGUUCCACAAAGAGCGGUAGCGAAGUACGCGAGGAUGCUGGUUCACGACCGGAGCCUAAACCACGCGUUUCGCAGAAAAGGUCUGCCUCAAAAACUGAUGAAGAGCGGACAAAGAGUGAGAGUGAUUCGAAACAGGAGCGUGAACCGAAGGUUAUUAAACUGGACAAGGCGGCUUCGCCGGGUGUCUCAAAGCCAGUUAAGGUUGUUGUCGAACCGGAAAAAACGGUAAAGGAAAUUGCAGAGAAAGGAAAAGGUGCGGAGACUGUUACCGUUGUGACAGCGGAGCCGGUAUCUGAACCAAAACCGGUCGGAGAAAGCGUUCAAAAGCGCAAGGUUGUUGCCGUGGACAAAUCUUCUGAUCCUAGUCGUCACGGGAAAAAGGAAGUGAAGCCGGUGGCGGAAAGUGUUCCUGCAGCACCUUCCGUAGUACCACCCGAGCCGCAAAGCAUAGUUCAGCUGCAGAAAACUGACAAGGGAGUCGAGGAAAAAGAAAAGGAAGUCCAGAAAAACGUAGCAGCCGCGAAAACGAUUCCAAAAAUUGCUGAUUCAUCGGCGCUACCCUCGAACCAGGCGUCUGAAGUGGAAAAGAGUCCUGCUCCAGUAACCCCAGCUAAAAGAGGCCGCCCGAGUAACAAGUCGAAGCAGUUAAAACUGGAGCAAGAAAAGAAGUCUAAGGAACUCGUUGCACAACCCACUGUGGAACCUGUGACAAAACCUGCGGAUGUCCCAUUGGAAAAACUUCCGGAACCUCAGCCCACUGCCUCAGCGCCGGCAGACGCGGAAACUCCUCGAAAGCGCGGUAGAUCGAAAAAAGUUUCUGAAAUUGAUCAUGAGAAAGAUGUGGCCGUAGAACCCACCUCGAAUCAGCCGGUUUUGCCCACUGCGCCGCUGCAACCACCAUCUGCGAAGGUGCAGUUUGCCGACAAUUUGCAGUUGUUAGCUGCCGUUGCGGUUCCUGCCAUUGUGGUGGAUACGGUAACGGAGCAGAAAGAAGAGAAAAGCAGUACUGGUGCUGCGACGAAGGAAAAGAAACCUUCCGCCAGAAAGCGCAAAGUGCCUGUGGAAAUUUCUAAAGAUAUUUUGUUAUCCGCGCCAGCUUUUGCAGCAAAACACCGGGCCGCUUUAGAGCGAUUAAAGCUUCCGCUGGAUGGGUCAGAGGGAUCCGGUGAGACGGUCUUCGAAGAAGAUGAAUGCGGAAAUUCUGACUGA